GUCUUGUGUCUAUAAGAAUGACCAAGCAGCAAAAGAGAAUCCAGGUAAAAGCCUUCAGGAAGAGGAGCCCUGCCCAAGGUUUGCCCAUCAACUGGUGUACGAUGAGUUGCACAAGGUUCAUUACUUAUUUGGAGGGAAUCCUGGCAAGUCCUGCUCUCCAAAGAUGAGAUUAGAUGAUUUCUGGUCUCUGAAGCUCUGUCGACCUUCAAAGGAAUACCUGCUAAGGCACUGCAAAUACCUCAUAAGAAAGCACAGGUUUGAAGAAAAAGCUCAGACCGACCCUCUUAGUGCACUGAAGUACCUGCAGAAUGAUUUGUUUGUAACUGUGGAUCACUCAGACCCUGAGGAGACAAAAGAGUUUCAGCUUCUUGCCUCAGCGUUAUUUAAGUCUGGCUCUGAUUUCACCACUCUUGGAUUUUCAGAUGUUGACCACACGUACGCGCAGAGGACUCAGCUGUUUGAUACGCUGGUCAACUUCUUUCCAGACAACAUGACCCCUCCUAAAGGCAACCUGGUAGACCUCAUCACGCUGUAACGGAGCAAUCACUGGACACGUGGAAGAGGGGAAAAGCAUCCAUUUUCAGUAUUUUAAUUUUUUUACUGCAUUGAUUGACUGCUGGGAUGAAGUAACAUAGUAACCCCGAGGUGUUUGAAAGGGGUUUUAUACUUGUAUGGUGAAUCCCUGAAGCUUUUCCCUUGGAUUAGGUUAAUAAAAUGUAACUGACGUACUUCCGACUAAA